AUGGCGUGGAAUGCGGCCGCGGCGGCCACGCACCCGAAAGCCCCGGAGGUUGUGACGAGAGCACUGAAGCCCGCUUCGUCCCCGUCUGCCAUGCGAAAGUUUUCGCGAUCACUAUUUCCCACUGGGCAUAUGUCAAGAGCCCUAGGCCAGCCGGAAACCAAAAAGUUAGCAACGAAGACGGUCUGGUUUGAGACAUUGCGGAGGUCGAACAUUCGAGAUGGACACGGUCAGCAAGGUCUGGAUCGAGGAUACACCGAAGCAUGA